AUGCCCUCCAAAUUUGGAUUCGGAUCCCGCGGGAAUGCCGAUGUCGAGAAAGGCCCUCAGGUCGACAAUGCCUACGAGAGCCAUAGCAACGACACCACUUACGACAAUGUUCGGGACAACGUUAGCGAUGGUGCUGUGCCCGGCGAGAGCUUCGAGUACGGUGACUCGAUGUAUGCGCGGCUGCAGCGUCUGGCCGGCAAAUUGAAUGUCGAGCAGCGUGGUAUUGAGCGUGUGCCGGAAAAUGAGCGGACGGAUACUUCCUACUUGAAUAUUGGUAGCAUGUGGUUUGCUGCCAACAUGGUCGUCAGUUCCUUCGCCAUUGGUGUCCUCGGAAAGACCACUUUUUACCUAGGCUUCGUGGAUGCCAUCCUCGUGUGCCUGUUCUUCAACUUGCUCGGUGUCAUGUCCGUUUGCUUCUUCUCCUGCUUCGGACCCGCAUUCGGUUUGCGCCAGAUGGUUCUGUCCCGUUUCUGGUUUGGAUGGUGGCCUGUGAAAUUCAUCGCCAUCCUCAAUGUCAUCGCCUGUGUCGGUUGGUCUGCUUCCAACGCCAUUGUUGGCGCGCAGCUUCUCAACGCUGUGAACGGAACUGUCCCCGGUUACGCUGGUAUCCUCAUCGUUACCUUCUGCACCCUGUUCAUCACCUUCGCCGGAUACAAGGUCGUUCACGCAUACGAGUUCUACAGUUGGAUCCCAACCUUCAUUGUGUUCUGGAUCGUGGUGGGCUGCUUCGCCCACUCGGGUGAUUUCAUCAACCUCCCCAUGGACGUCGGCAUUUCGGAGUUGGGCGACUGUCUGUCCUUCGGUUCGACCAUCUACGGUUUCGCGACAGGCUGGACCAGCUACGCCGCCGAUUACACUGUCUACCAGCCCUCGGACCGCAGCCGCCGCAAGGUUUUCCUCUCCACCUGGCUCGGUCUGAUCAUCCCCCUUAUCUUCACCGAAUUCCUCGGUAUCGCCGUCAUCACCGCCAUCGAAAUCAACGGUGGAGACAACAAGUACAUGAGAGGUUGGGAGGCCUCCGGCAACGGUGGUUUGAUUGAUGCCGUCCUCGAGCCCCUCGGUGGAUUUGGCAAGUUCUGCCUUGUCAUCCUGGCCCUCUCUAUCAUCGCCAACAACUGCCCCAACAUCUACUCCGUCUCCUUGACCCUCCAGGUCCUCGGCCGCUGGACCCAGCGUGUUCCCCGUUUCGUCUGGACCUUCCUCGCCUCAUGUGUCUCUCUCGCCAUUGCCAUCCCCGGCUACUCUCACUUCCAGACCGUCUUGGAGAACUUCAUGAACUUCAUUGCCUACUGGCUGGCUAUCUACACCGGCAUCAGCGUUGCCGAUCACUUCAUCUUCAAGCGUGGUUUCGGCGGUUACGCCGCGGAGAACUAUGACAAGCGCGAAAAGCUUCCUUACGGUAUUGCCGCGAGUAUUGCCUUCUGCUUCGGUAUUGCCGGCAUGAUUACUGGUAUGAGUCAGACUUGGUGGGUCGGUCCCAUUGCCAAACACGCUGGUGCUUUGCCUUACGGUGGUGAUGUCGGUUUCGAGUUGGGCUUUGCCUUCUCGUUCGUCGUUUACUGUGCGCUGCGUCCUCUUGAGAUCCGUUAUUUCGGUCGGUAG